AUCACCUUGGCCUGUUGGAGGUGAGCAGGUCCUAAGUUCACACUGUGGCAGUUCUUUCUUUUCGCUUUGAGUGGAAGAAUUCCCUGGAGACCAGCAGACGGAUACAAUUUCCCAACUUGAGGACCGACAGCCAAUCGGCAGAGUGUGCAAACGGGACAAAGUCCUUUUUUUCCUGAGUCAUUUAACCCUCCUGUGCUCCCUCCACCUACUCUGUGAAAGGUUUAUUGUUACACCCUCUGCAAAGCUUUACCUGCCCAGGUGAGCUGCACUGUUGAAACUCAGCGUCGUCUUGAAGUCAUAUUUCUCCUGCUGAUGGUUUCCUCACCUCACAGGAUUAAACACCCUGUGUCCCCCAGAUGAGUGUCCAGGAGGAUACGCAAGCUGAAGUUGCCAUGGCAAUGGCCGCAGCAUCGGCUCCACCCCUUUCUCCCUCAGACUAUGGAGUGUUGUCUCCGCCCCCUGACCUGUGCGCAUCAUGUGGUCACAGUCACCAGCUGGAGGAGAACCACGAGUACCUGUACCAGGACGAGGUGGACGACGACCUGGUGUGCCACAUCUGUCUGCAGCCGCUCAUCCGACCGCUGGACACGCCCUGCGGACACACCUACUGCCAAGAGUGCCUCACCAGCUUCCUGCUGGAGAGCGACUUCUGCCCUGUGUGCCGCACCCCCCUCAUGCUGCAGAGCUGCAGGAAGCCCAGCUUGCUGGUGCACAAGCUGCUGGACAAGCUGACGGUGACGUGUCCCUUCACUGAACACUGCUCUGAAACACUGGCAAGAGGUGAACUCGAGGACCACAUCAAGUGCAGGUGUAAAGGAGCGUCUCACUAUGGACUCUCAGCAGACAGGAAGCGACGCUCGCAGGAGGGCGAGUGCACCGAUAGCACAUCAGAACUCACCAUCGCCACGCUGCCCAACGAUGGCCCCACAUCCGCCGCCGUGGCCCUCCUGUCGGACGAGCCCGGCCUGGUCAACCCCGCCUUCGACCCCAGCAUGGAGGACAACAGCCAGUCGGGCAGCACGACCAGCCUGGCCGCCCGCAGCAGCUCCAAAAAGAUCAGGAACUUUGACAGAUCUUCAGUGAGGAGCCGAUCCUUCAGGAGGUUGAACCGGGCGUUCAGCGUGCUACGGCGGACCAAGAGCGGCAACGCGGUCAGCAACGAGACGUCUGAGGAGAGGGACAAUGCAAGGAAUUCAAGUGUUCCACCGGAAGUGCUGACUCUCCCUCAGCUGCAUCACCUGAUCCCCGAUGGUGAACUCACCAGUAUUAAAAUCACACGGGUCGAUCCCUCAGACCCACUCGCCAUCAGCAUCGUCGGUGGCAAUGAGACCCCGUUGGUUCGCAUCCUCAUCCAGGAUAUCUACAGGGAAGGCGUCAUCGCUCGGGAUGGUCGCCUGCUGCCUGGAGACAUGAUCCUUAAGGUGAAUGGCAUCGACAUCAGUAAUGUACCGCACUGCUUUGCCGUGGCAACCCUCAAGCAGCCCUGCCAACUCCUCCGGCUGACCGUGCUCAGAGAACAGCACCAUCGCUACCGCUCGCACUCGCACAGCCACCCGCACGGUCACGGCCAUUUGCACAGCCACGACGUCGCCGGGGGCCACCUGUCCCACGGCCUGCCCCACCUCCCCCUGAGGGACGACAGCAUCCACGUGGUCCUGAAUAAAACCGCCCCGGACGAGCAGCUCGGGAUCAAGCUGGUGAGGCGGCCGGACGAGCACGGCGUCUUCAUCUUUCACCUGCUGGAGGGCGGCCUGGCGGCGCGGGACGGACAGCUUUGUAUCGGGGACCGCGUGCUCGCCAUCAACGGGCACGAUCUACGUUAUGGAGCUCCGGAACAUGCGGCUCUGCUCAUCCAGGCGAGUGAGGAGCGUGUACACUUCAUCGUGUCUCGUCAGAUCUGCCUGCCCACCCCGGACAUCCUACAAGAAGAUCCAUGGGGCAUGGACGGUCCCCCGCCGUACUCCCCUGUGGAUAUAGAGCAAACACUCCUGGACGCCUGUCAGAAGCCUGCAUGCUACGAGAAGACAGUAACUCUGACUAAGGAGCCGUACGACUCGCUGGGUAUGACGGUAGCCGGAGGGAUGUCCAGUCGAGGGUGGGACCUCCCAAUUUAUGUCACAAACGUGGACUCUGACGGAGUGGUGGGACAGGAGGGCUCCAUCCGUAAAGGUGACAUCUUGCUAAACGUGAACGGGGUGGACCUGACGGGGGUGACGCGGGGCGAGGCCGUGGCUAACCUGAAGAACACCUCGUCUCCUGUCGUGCUCAAGGUCCUGGAGAUGCGUCCUCCAGAGGAGAACCUGCAGGACUGCGCGCUGCCCCCCUGUCUCGCGCCCUCACCCACAGACAGCACCAAGAGCCCCGUGCCCAACGACGACUACUCCCCGCUGUGGGUGUCAUGGCUGCAGCUCCCCAGGCAUCUGUACUGUUGCAAAGACAUCGUCCUGCGGCGGAGCACCUCGGGCAGCCUGGGCUUCAGCAUCGUGGGAGGUCAAGAGGAGGUCAACUGCAAUCAAUCCUUCUUUAUCCGCUCCAUCGUGGAGGGGACGCCGGCCUACAACGACGGCAGGAUAAGGUGUGGGGACAUUUUACUGGAGGUGAAUGGGAAGAGCACAUGGGGGAUGACCCACACAGCGCUGGUCCGCCUUCUGAAGGAGCUGCGGGGCAGAAUCACUCUCACCGUCGUGUCGUGGCCGGGCAGCCUGAUGUAGCUCCGAAACCCUCCAGCGCUGCUUUUUUUUUUUUACACAGCAUGGACCAACAAAUGUGGGAGGCGGAGCUUCAGACUGGCUGGCCCCCCCCCCAGCCCUGUUGUGUGGGAGGAGCUUAAGAUUAGAGAUUUGGAUUUCUCCCUUCUGAUGGACAGCCCAGACUUUUUGCUGAGUUUGGAGAGGGACAAACUUGAGACUGGAUUUUUUUUUUUAACCAGAGAUUAACCCCGCCCCUCCGAGAAUGAACACAGAAACAGGGAGGAUCCAGGACUGAGCCACUUCAAACUCAGAUGUGUAGAGGACACUUCAUUCUCUGGCACAGCACCCAGAGGUGGGGGUGGGCGGAUCGAGAGGAGACACAACACGUUGCCAAUUACCAGUAGUUAAAUAUUAUGGUAUGCGUUGGACUCACAUUUCUUUACUGUAAAUGUUGGGUGUCUAAAAAAAAAAAAAAGUUCUGAUCCAAGCACUUGUGAUACGUUUCUUCUGUUUGUUUGUGGUUCGGCCUUCAAAUGUAGGCUUCCAUCCUGUUUGUACUGACAGUGGUUGUCAUCUUCAUGCGUUAACCUGACGACACAUUGCCAAGUAGUAGUCUGUGUUGAGGUUUUUGUUUUCUCUGAUUUCAGAGGCUAUGACUAAAUUAUCAAACCACUGGCAAUAAAAAUUAUAUUUAAAAGAAAAUAAAGGAUCAGUGUGUUCAUAAGAUGUUAAAAAACAAGUAUAUUUAAUUAGGUGAAUUGUGGAGGCCUUACUCAUUUUCUUACUUUUAAGAAGAAAAAAAAACUGACUUGGUUUGUGUGUGGGCGGUCUGGUUCUGUCUGUCACGCUUCGGCCUGUGUAGUAUACCUGAUGGUACAUUUGGUUAAAUGAUCAAUAAAGUCAUUGGAAAAAAAGAGA